AUGACAGGCGUCGCCGAUGUUGUUCACACAGAGGGAGUGGCUACUGAUGCGAGCUUGGGGUCACCUGCUACACAUGAGGGAUUCCCCGGUGGGCCACGCGACCCAUCAGUUUUGACCGGUUAUGCUGAGCAUGUCGCACACAACAUCUGGAGUGGACAGGAGCGACCCGAUCUGAAAAUGGUCUCCCAUGGUAGAAAAGUAGAUAAAAUUGGGAGACCAGCGCCUGAGAUCGAAGGCGUGGUUGCGGCUAUCGGACUGAGUCCACUGAUCAAGUGUUCUGUUAUCACCAGUGAUCCUAGACUUAUAUCCGCCUUUGUCGAGAGGUGGCAUCGGGAGAGUAGCAGCUUCCACCUCCCAGUAGGAGAGUUGAAAAUCACGUUGGAUGAUGUGGCGUCUCUCCUACACGUUCCCAUCAUCGACGUGCUUCAUGAGUUCGAACUGCUGGUCACUUUAGACGCGAUUGGUCUACUAACGGAGCUGCUUGAGGUGAGCAAUGAGGAGGCUACCGCUGAGACCCGACAGGCUGGUGGGCCUCAGGCUUCUAGGGAUCUCACCCAGGCAGGGGAAUUCGCCUGGGGAGCGGCAGCGUUGGCCCACAUGUACAACCAUCUGAACGACGCAUCACAGGCCUCUACACGGCAAAUGGGUGGUUACAUUACACUUCUUCAGUGUUGGAUAUACGAGCACUUUCCUACGGUGCAUAGAUGCGUCGUUGAUGAUGCUUAUGAUGAGGGGAGCCCCCGGGCCUCUAGGUGGCUUACGGGUAAGGCUCAUAUGACAGGGAUCAAGGGAGCCCCGUAUCGGACACGUAUGGAUGCCCUGACUGUGACUGACGUGUGUUGGAUGCCCUACGCUGAGCACCGGGGAGUCAGGGGCUUUGACUUGAUAUCCUCAUACACCGGCCAGCUGAGAUGGGGUCAGAUUGUCGUGUACGUUCGACCUGAGCGGGUUAUUUGA